GACUUAUACGUUAGUUGCUUUUUGAAACUGGGCUAAUAAACAUCACGUACUUAAAUAUUCCAAAUAUAUAAACAAAAAAUAUUUUUUAUUAUUACAUAAAUUACUCAAUUGAUAAGUGCAAUAAUCAUGAUAUAAAUCGUACAAUAAUAAUUAAAAAUUAAAAAAUAAUAAUAAUUAGGUUAAUUAAUAAAAAAUUUAAAAUAUUGUGAUAAAAAAUAUUAAUAAUAUGGAAUUAAAAGAAGUUUUGCUCACAUUAUUCUUAAUAACAUGUGUGAAAAGUCAAAGUUAUGGAAUUAAUGAAUAUGAUGAAAAUUCAAAUCAUACUCAAAUAAGUUUUAUAAGAGAUUAUUCAAAUCUUACAAGAAUUGAGAAUAUUCUAAAUGUUUUCAAUAUUGAAAUUAUCGGAAGAAAUUGGAUUAAAAUUAAUGAUAAAAUUAAUCGAAAAUGUGCAUUUAAUAUGAUGCAAUAUUUGGAUGGUCUACAAAUAAAAAAGACCUGGGCAAUAAAAAUGGAUGAUGCAUCAAGUGGCUACUCUACGGGAUAUUUUUGGGGCAACAAUUAUUGGAUUGGUUCAAUGGCUCUUUGUCGUAGCAUUUACAAGCAUGAUGAGAGUCAUCAUUACAGAAAGCAAUCAUCAAAUGUAGGUCUUACAUUUAUAAAUGGCAAUACAGCACAUGUACAAAUGAAACAUGAAAACCCACCAUUUUUGCCGAGGUUCAGUGUCCUGAGAUUAAUUCUUAGUGAUCCUGAUAUAGCACCAAAUCCACGAACUAUUCAUGUGGGAGUAUGUCUACCGACAUCAUGUGAAAAGGACGAUAUUUUUGUAAUGACUGAUUUUGCAAGAGAGGCAAAUGAGACGAAAUUAAUUAAGUUAGAUGAUAUCAGAAUACCAAAUGCUGAUGGAUUUACUCUAUGGAAAGAUUCGACAUUUAUUACAAUGCUUACAGUCACACUUGUUGUUGGUAUAUUUAUUGUAUGGGGUACAGCUUAUGAUAUUUUACUGAGGAAAAAAGCUAAGCAGAGACGGCAAGCUAAAUCCUAUUCGAAAGAUUUGCAUUCAGACUCUUCAGGGUUGAAUUGUACGACUUAUGACUUGACAUCCGCAAUUACUGAUAAAAGUAAGAGUAAUUGCGUUGGAAUUGGAAUUCCAACUUCGGGUAUAAAUAAUAAUAAUUCUGAUGAGAAUUUAGCUGCAGAACCGAGUGCUGUUGAUGAAGAUAAAUUGCCAAUUUAUGAACAGCUCCUUUUAUCAUUUUCCUUGGUUACAAAUUUCAAAGCAAUUUGUGACAAAGAAGUUGGGAGCGAUACAAUAUCCUGUAUUCAUGGAAUCCGGGCCUUUUCAAUGGUUUGGAUUAUUCUUGGACACACAUGUAUUAUUGCCUUUAAAUACUCAAACAACAUGGAGUUGAGAAAAGUUGUCGAGCAACAAUUCUUUUUUCAAACAAUUACCAAUGGAGCAUUCAGUGUCGACACAUUCUUCUUCAUUAGUGGAUUUUUGGUGUCGUUUAUUUACUUCAGAUCGAAUGCCAAAGGAAGUUUGGACAAAUUAUCAAAAGGAGUUAAUGAAUUUACUUCAGGUGUUAUGCAUUUUGGGGGUUUAGUUUGCUAUAGAUUCAUAAGACUCACAGCUCCAUACAUUUAUACAUUGGGUCUUGUCUCAGUAACGAUGAAAUAUUUUGCCAGUAACUCAGUCUUUGAUCCACCAACUCAUGAUCAUAUUAAUUGCCCCAAAUAUUGGUGGAGAAAUAUUCUUUACAUCAACACUUUAUUUCCCGUACAAGAUAUGUGCAUGCUUUGGAGUUGGUAUUUAGCCAACGAUACUCAAUUUUACAUUAUUGGAGCCAUCAUACUAAUUAUAGCUAUUAAGCAUUUCAAAUUUGCGGCUACAACUUUAACUGUUUUUCUUUUGUCAGCAUGGAUUACAACAGGUGUCAUUGCCUAUAGAAACAAUCACAUUCCAAAUACGGAUGAUCCUUUGGCUUUAUUUGAUAAAAUUUACGAUAAACCUUGGACGAGAAUUGGUCCAUAUUUGGUCGGAAUGAUUGUGGGCUGGAUUCUAUUUAAAACCAACUGCAAAAUUAAGUUCACAAAGGCUCAACUUGUAACUGGAUGGUCUUUGUCGAUUGGUACACUUUUGUAUCUCCUCUACGGAUUAUUCAAAGUCGAACUAUCAAAAUUUAGUGCUGCAGCAUAUAGUUCUUUAAGUCAUUCAGCAUGGGCAAUGGCACUAGCUUGGAUAGUCAUUGCAUGCUCAACUGGCCAUGGAGGCGUUGUUAAUAAAUUUUUAUCGGCGACAUGUCUUUAUCCUUUUUCUAGAGUUACCUAUUGCGCAUACUUAGUACAUCCUAUAAUUAUUCGAGCCUUUGCAUUAAUAAAUGAUGCACCAAUUCACAUGGGCGUCAACUCUGUGAUGACCAUAUUCAUGGGACAAACUGUUGCAUCAUAUCUUUUAUCAUUCAUAGUUUCAUUAGCAUUUGAAGCACCAGUCGUAACUAUGUUGAAGAUCUUGGUACCAAAUAAAAAGAAUAAUAUAAUUUAUAAGGACACUUCGUCAUAGAAACUUUUCGAAAUAUAUUUUCGGGUCCACGUUUUGCAUAUUUACUAAAACCAAAAAUAUUUUGAAUUUAUGCAAACCGAAGAUCUUUUACAAUUUGUAAUAUUUUUUGUAUUUUAUUAUUUAAUCGGUUGCACUUUUUUAAAGGAAUGCAUUCUCAAAGGUUUUAUCAUUUGCAGAUUUUAAAUUAUUUGAAAUUGGAAACCAGAGUCAAUUUAAUGAUUUAAAUUGCAAUAAAAAUUAAAAAAAAAAAAUAUUGUGAUAAAUGUGUCCGAAGUCAAUUACCAUGUAUAAAUUUUAUUCCUUAAUUUUUAAAUUCUUGUAUUAAUGUAUGUUUAAGUUAAGACAAUGCUGUUGUCAGGAUUUAAAUUUAAACCCACACAUUUAUUGUAAAUUUCAUUUGUUAAUAUUCAAUUCCAUAAGAUGGUGUCUUUACUUUUCAUAUUGUCGUCAUAUUUCAUUGCAUGCUUAAUGUUAUUCCCUCGAUUCAAUCCAAUGAAAUCACAAAAAAAAUUAAAAAUAAGAAUGAUAAUAAAGACGAUCAUGACAGCAGCAGAAAAUAAUGAUGAAUAAAAAUCAAGCAGUUGAUCUUA